AUGGAACAAAGCCGACGGGACUCCUGGCGACAAGGAGGCAAAUGGGUUGCCCUCGUGCUGGCUUUUUGUUUGAUUUUAGACAAAGCAUCUGGACAGAUCAGAUAUUCUAUAUCGGAAGAGAUCAAAGAAGGUACAGCCGUCGGGAAUAUAGCAAAGGAUCUGGGAAUAGAUCCAAAUAUAUUAAAAACAAGGGGAUUUCGUAUUGUCUCUGGCUCCACUGAACCUCCCUUCCAGGUAAACCAAAACGACGGGAUUUUAUACGUAAAUCGUAAAAUUGACCGUGAGGAAAUAUGCCAGCGGACGAGUGUGUGUUUGAUAAACCUUAAAACCGUGCUAGACAACCCUCUGGAGAUCCAUUAUGUUGCAGUGGAAGUGUUAGACGUAAAUGAUCAUUCGCCCUCCUUCCCGGAGAAUAACAAAAGGCUCGAGAUUUCAGAGUCCACUUUACCGGGAACCAGGUUUCAGCUACAUGCUGCUCUCGAUCCAGAUGGAGGUGUGAAUUCAGUGCAACAAUAUAAACUCAGUCCUAAUAAUAAUUUUCGUCUAGAAGUGAAAGAUCGCGGGAAAGAUGUCAAAGUGCCUAUUUUACAGUUGCAGAGCCCGUUAGACAGAGAGGCCUCUAGCAGCCACAAAUUGCUGCUGACAGCCCUGGAUGGAGGUAAACCUUCUAAAACAGGGACCGUGGAGAUAUUUAUAGAUGUUUUAGAUGUGAACGACAAUGCGCCAGUUUUUACAAAAGAUGUGUAUUCUGCAGAGAUAAGUGAGAAUUCACCAGUUGGAACAAUAGUUAUACGAGUAAAUGCCACAGAUAUGGACGAUGGCGCAAAUGGAGAUGUAAGCUAUUCUUUUGGUAAUGUGGAUAGUAAGGUGCGCGAACUGUUUGAUGUUGAUCCGAUCACAGGUGAAAUAAGUGUGAAAGGACUAUUAGAUUAUGAAGUGGAUGACAGUUUCGAGAUAGAUAUUCAAGCAUCUGACAGCGGUGCUAUUCCAUUUAAAACGGAUAAAAGCGUUACUGUAAAUAUUAAAGACAAGAAUGACAAUGCACCUGUAAUUGAGGUGACGUCACUGUCAAACAAAAUUUCAGAGGAUGCUCGGCCAGGAACAACAGUAGCACUUCUUAGUAUUACCGAUUUGGACUCUGGAGUGAAUGGGAAAGUUAUCAGCUUUGUAAAAGACGAUGCCCCCUUCACACUGACGCCUUCAAUACAGGACAACAUGUACGCUGUCGUGACAAAGUCACAGCUUGACAGGGAAACUAAAUCGACUUAUGAUGUAACAGUCAUCGCAAAAGACGCAGGUGAACCUGCCCUAACAUCUGAAAAGACAUUAAGAGUUGUUGUAUCUGAUGUAAAUGACAACAGUCCAGAGUUUUCAGUGAGUCAAUAUAAUUUUUAUGUCACCGAAAAUAACGCACCAGGAGUGUCGGUGUUUUCUUUAAGUGCGUCUGAUCGUGAUGAGGGAGAUAAUGCGCUUAUUUCCUAUCAUAUUAUUAGAGAUGCAGCUCAUUCAAAUAAAGUGACAUCAUUCCUUAACAUAAAUCCUGAAAAUGGAGAUAUUUUGGCGCUAAAAAGUUUUGACUUUGAAACAGUGAAAACUUUCCAGUUCCAAGUUGUCGCCACAGAUUCAGGAACUCCGUCACUAAGCAACAACGUGACAGUGAACGUGUUCAUUCUGGAUCAGAACGACAACGCUCCAGUCAUCCUGUAUCCAGUCAGCUCCAACGGUUCUGCUGAAGGUGUGGAGGAAAUUCCCCGCAAUGUCAACGCAGGACACUUGGUGACUAAAGUCAGAGCCUAUGACGCUGAUAUAGGAUAUAACGGCUGGUUACUCUUUUCACUGCAGGAAGUCACUGACCACAGUCUCUUUGCUUUGGACCGCUAUACAGGACAGAUCAGAACACUUCGCUCAUUCACAGAGACAGACGAGGCUGAGCAUAAACUGCUCAUACUGGUCAAAGACAAUGGCAACGUUUCACUCUCAGCAACAGCUACUGUCAUUGUCAAACUUGUGGAGCCCAGAGAGGCUUUUGCAGCUUCUGAUGUUAAAAGUGCAACUAAAGUUGACGAGGAGGACAAUGUGACAUUUUACCUCAUGAUAACUUUGGGCUCAGUUUCUCUACUUUUUAUCAUCAGUAUCAUCGUGCUGAUUGCAAUGCAGUGCUCCAAAUCCACAGACUAUACUUCCAAAUAUCUACAAGAGGCUAAUUAUGAUGGGACACUGUGUCACAGCAUCCAGUACAGAUCUGGAGACAAACGCUACAUGUUAGUUGGACCCAGAAUGAGUAUAGGAUCUACUAUAGUCCCUGGCAGCCAUGCAAAUACACUGGUGAUGCCUGAGAGGAGGAGGACAUCCACAGAGGUAGGACUAUAAAAAUGCAUUGCUUAAAAAUAUGUUUACGAGCAAGAACUGCCACUUUCUUGUGAGUGUGUAUAUAGUUGGACCAACAGAUGUCAUAAACCUCUUAAUGUCAUGAACAUCAACAGUAAAACUUUAGUAUUCAGUAUUCAAGUAUUCCAGUUUCUUUUACCCAUGUUAUACUCUUCUUGACAGAGGUCAGAGGU